CUAUAAUAUAUCAUCUAUAAUCCCUUAGAUAAAUUCACCAUUAAAGGUAUCAAUUCUGCUUUCUAUUUGAAAAAAUACUUCCUAAAUUUGAAAUUUAUAUUGAUUUUAUAAUGAGACCUUAAGGAACAAAGCCUAGGUAUUAUUGUAUUAGUUCCAAAUACCUCAAAUCCUCCAACAAACUAAAACCCUUAAAAUUUGAAAAUAAAUUCCCAUGAUAAUUAUUAUUUACAAUCCAUCCUAUAAAAUUGAAUAUGAAAAUAAUCUGAUCCAUCCAACGUUUUAAGAUCUUGACAAUAUUGGUAUAUAGUAUCCCACUAUUCUCAUGUCUUAUUAUGUUUCAUAAAUUUUAAAUAUAAUUAAUUAUCUCACAUUAAUUUUGUUGCUUCUUAAUUUUUUGGUUGAAUCAAAUUAUCAAGGAAAAAACAACAUUACAAUAUUGAUUUAUAAAAAAGAUCAUAAAAUUUUCUUAUUGAAAUUAUAAAUCAUCUAAUUUUUGUAAAUUGCUCUAAAAACUAUUAAUGAUAUGCUGUAAUAUAUUUUGAUGGCUGAUAUAAAAUUAAAGUUAGGAGAUUUAUUUUUUACUAAUUCAAAUCAAUUAAAAUUAAAAUAACAUCACAAUAAUUAUCAGAUUUAUUAUAUCUAUUUUUAGGCCUGGAGCUUCAACUACUCACAGAAUCAAAAGUGAAAAAAAUUAUGAUUAAUGUGAGUGCAUUUACAGAGUAGGGCCAAUUAUCCUUAAAGUCAAUUUAGAUAGAGUUUGAAAUUUAUUGUUAUGUACUUUCUUAUGUAUAUUUAUAAAUAAAUACUUUUU